CACAGAGAGAGCCACACACACACACGCAGAGAGCCACACACACAGAGAGAGCCACACACACGCAGAGAUCCACACACACGCACGCCCAACCAUGGCGUGCCAUCUCGCGGAGGGCCCCGGCCAGUCGUGUCCGGCCCCCGAGCGUCUCCCCGCCGCGGCCUCGCCCCCCUCGUCCCUGGGGCUCUCCACGCUCUCCGUGGCCCUGCUGCUGCUGCUGCUGCUGCUGCUCCUGGCGCUGCGAUUGUGGAGGGGAUCCCGGCGCCUUCCCGAGGGGUUCCCGCCGGGACCCCGGGCGCUCCCCUUGGUCGGGAACCUCCUCUCGCUGGGGGAGCAGCCGCACGUGACGCUGACGGAGCUGGCGAGCCAGCACGGAGCGGUGUACUCGGUGUGGCUGGCCACAAUCCCCGCCGUGGUGGUGUGCGGCUACGAGGCCGUGCGUGAGUGCCUGCAGCUGCGCGCCACCGACUUCGCCGAUCGCCCGUGCCUCCCGCUCUUCCAGCGCCUCACGGGCAUGCGCGGCCUCCUGAACGCGCGAUUCGGCCCGGGCUGGGCCGAGCAGAGGCGCCUGGCCGUGUGGAGCGUCCACGCGUUUGGCACGGCGAAGCCCGACUUCGAGAGUCUUCUCCAGGAAGAAUGCGCCCACCUGCUGGAGGCUAUGGACAAAGCCUUUGAGGCAGCCGACACAGAAUCAUCAUCGUCGUCGUCAUCGCAUUCAUCAUCAGCAGCAGCAGCAGCAGCAUCCAGAUCACCAACAGCAAACGCAUCAUCAUCAUGUGAUCAAUCAUCAUCAGUAACAGCAUGUGCUUCAUUAACACCAUCAAAAUCCCGAAAAUCAUCCGAUGCUUCACCACCACAAUCAUCAUCAUCAGCAGCAGCAUCCCCUUCAUCUUCACCACCGCCGCCGAAGCGAGACCCAAGCGCGGCCGCCGCCGGUGGCAUCGAUCCGGGCCCUCUCAUCACGAGCGCGGUGUCGAACGUCACCAACCUGGUGAUCUUCGGCGAGCGCUUCGAGUACGGCGACACGGAGUUCGAGGGCAUGGUGCAGAUGUUCAGCGAGAACGUGGCGCUGGCGGCGAGCGCUUGGUCCUUCCUCUACAGCGCCUUCCCGCGCCUCGUGGGGGCCCUGCCCUUCGGCUCGCACCGCCGCCUCUUCGCCAACGCGGAGCGCGUGCGCGAGUGCCUGGUGAGCCUCACGGGGAAGUUCUCGCGCGGCCGCGUGCCCGGCGAGCCGAGGCACAUGGUGGACGCCUACCUCGACCAGGUGGAAUCAUCAUCACCUACAUCCUCAACACCACCAUCAUCGUUCACACGAGACAACAUGAUCUUCACGAUCGGCGAGCUCUUCAUCGCUGGAACCGAGACGAGCAGCAACACUCUGCGCUGGGCCAUCCUCUACAUGUGCCUCUACCCGGAGCUGCAAGACGAUCUGCACGCGGAGCUGACGCGAGCGCUGCGCGGCGAGUGUCGCGCGCUCCGCCUGUCGGACCGCGCGCGCACCCCGCUGCUCGAGGCCACGCUGCACGAGGUGUUGCGUCACGCCACCAUCGCGCCCCUCGGCAUCUUCCGCGCGGCGACCCGCGACGUCUCCUUCCGCGGCUUCGCGGUGCCCCGGGGCACCGUGGUGGUGGCGAACCUCCACUCGGCGCACCGCGAUCCGGGCGCCUGGACCCGCGCACACGAGUUCCUGCCGCGACGCUUCCUCGACGCCGACGGCAGAUUCGUGCGUCGCAAGGCGUUCGUGGCCUUCUCCAUCGGCCGCCGUCACUGCGUGGGAGAGAAGCUGGCGCUCAUGGAACUCUUCCUGUUCCUCGCCUCCAUGCUGCACAGGUUCCGCUUCAGCCUGGCCGGAGGUGGCGCGCCCGACCUGCGGCCCCGCCUCGGCUUCACCCUCCAGCCGCGACCCUACCGCGUGAACGCCACGCGGCGGUAGCGCGGGUGGCGCGGGUGGCCGCGUUCGGGGUGGCGUGGAGCGGGCGUGGGGUGGGACAGCUACCAUCACCCAAAGGGCAUCCGCGGCGGAGACUCGGGGGAACCUUCGCGUUCGUAAGGUGGCCAACCGCCAAGGAUGGAACGGUCACCCGGUGUGAAAUGGGGAACAUCUCUUGGGUGGCCACCGGAGGAGGCUCGAGUGAAGGUGUGAGGUGCUAGUCACAGGGUGGCAACCGCAAAGGACUGAACUCUUGCCCGAGUGAGGAUGACUGGAGACUCGAGAGAGAGAGAGAACGCCACCCUUUCUGCGGCUGUCACCGAAGACUCCGAGAUGUGGUGGCAACCAGGGAGACGGAACGGUCAUCUGUAAGAUGGAAACUGCCUCCUGGGUGGCCACUGUAGAAUAGAGAGAGAGACGAGAGGGGUUACAUGAAUACGGUGGCCACCCGGGUGGCAACCAGGAAUAUGGAACUCUCUUUCCUAGAGGUGCAUUGGGGUUCCACUGAAAACAGAACGACAAUUUAUACAACUGAACUCUGGUCGCCGGGGGCAUAACGCAGACCGCUAACCGCUGCGCCGCCGCUCCCCUGCCACAUUUAAGAAAGCACACCGGGUGCGCUUUAACUAAACGCACGCGUUGGGCUUGUUCCGCGUGAACUCGGCGUGCAUCCGACAAGCAGAUCGCUCGUUCAUGGAAUUUGCCAAACAUCCCCAUGUAGCAGGGCCCUCCAGAAAAGUCUCUCGAGACCCGGCAAGUGUCCAUCACGGGACGGCUGCUUCGUUGAUGCCAUCGGCACGGAACCGACUUAGUUCCUCACCUGAGACGGGAUGGCGCUCUUCCCCUGCAGUCAAUUCGUGUCCAUUGCAGCGCGCGUCUUGAUUGACCAAUGGGCACGUCAGUCGACAGAGGCCACGUCUCGGAUACUUUUAUUGAACCCCACGCUCGGCACAUCCUCUCCCUCGUCAGCCCACUCCUUUAUUUACAAGCCGCGACGCGCCGUGCCGCACCCUAAGGCAGGGGUUCUCACACUGCUGUCAUUCGGCAAUUACUGCACACCCCCCUCCCCCAAUUGGGGCACCAUAUAUCCACUGCUGGAUGGAGGACUCCGCAAACCAUCAUGCGCCAUCACGAGCGGUGCUGCAACACCACAAUACAUCCGCGCCUCCCUCAUCGCUCCAUCUCCUCCGCGGUGGUGACGGCCAUCCUCGCGGGCGCGUUCCCUCCUUUGGCUGCCAUUCCAUCACAAAUCUCGUCCAUCAUCCCUUCUAAGUCGCGCUGUCCCCUGAACCAAUCUCGCUGAACUUUCCUAACAGUCGCUAUUACGUCCGGUCGGCAUAAAUUAUAUAGAUAUAAUGACUGUGUUCAUGUCUCUCUCGCUCUCCCUGCCGCUCGGUGUAAAUCGCCUCCCAACUUUCGUUCGCGUGGUUCACGCCUCCACGACGCUCCGACUGGCACCGUUCUGACUGGCGCCGUUCCGACUGGCGCCGUUCCGACCGGCGCCGUUCUGACCGGCACCGUUCUGACCGGCGCCGUUCUGACCGGCGCCGUUCUGACUGGCGCCGUUCUAACCGGUACCGUUCUGACUGGCACCGUUCUGACUGGCGCCGUUCUGACUGGCACCGUUCUGACUGGCGCCGUUCUAACCGGUACCGUUCUGACUGGCGCCGUUCUGACUGGCGCCGUUCUGACUGGCACCGUUCUGACUGGCGCCGUUCUGACUGGCACCGUACUGACUGGCACCGUACUGACCGGCACCGUUCUCCAGGCGCCGUUCCGACUGGCGCCGUUCCGAAUGGCGCCGUUCCGACUGGCGCCGUUCCGACUGGCGCCGUUCCGACUGGCGCCGUUCCGACUGGCACCGUUCCGACUGGCACCGUUCCGACUGGCGCCGUUCUGACUGGCACCGUUCUCCAGGCGCCGUCGGUGCCCUACCAGCGGCACGGCGGCUCAAUGUAGGAGCCGGACAGUGCGGGUGGUGGUGGUGAUGGCGAUACACGCGGCUCAAUGUAGGUGGUGGUGGUGGUGAUACACGCGGCUCAAUGUAAUCGCGCACCAGGGAGGCAGCAGCGAGGAUUGGUGGAUCCCCUGUCCCACUGGGUGGGCGUCGAGGAGGAGCCGUGCCCUGGCUCUGCCAGGAGGAAAACAGGACAGCAAGAGUGCGCCGUCUGUUUCCAUCUGUACGGGGAGAGUAUUUCCCCCUCGCACGCAAGGCGUGGGGUUUCUCCGGGUUCUCCGGCUUCCUCCUCCCCACGUGAAUAAUAAUAAUACUAAACGCGACUCGUCAUCCACUGGCUUGUUACAAAUAAACACCCGCAGAGUACUGCGACUCCCCGGGGCAUGCGACUCCUUGCUGUGUGGCCGCGCGCGUGUCCCGAGUCUCGCUGCCUGACGAUGGCGCUACGCGGGGCCACCACACUCGCUGUGGCGCCUCGAUCGGGCCCGGCAGACCACUUCGAUCCACAUCAAUUAUGGGGGGUGGAGGUCCUAUGCCGCCCCCCCCCCCCCCCAGU